CGUGCGCAUGCGCAACCAGCCCGCUCGAGAGAUGCCUCACAGCGCAUGUGCAGCCACUUGUUUUCUUCGGUGCAGACACCAACCAACCGACCGACCAGGCCGCUCACCAGGUAACCAGCGCUCAACCAGUCACCAGCGCUCACCAGUGAAUAACCAGCGGAUGCCUCAGUGACCCAAGUGAGAGGCCGGGAGCGGAGGCGACAUGAGGAUCACAGUGAAGACUCUGCAACAGCAAUCCUUCCACAUCCAGAUUGAGCCCGAGCUCCCGGUGAAAGCGUUGAAGGAGAAGAUCGAAACUGAAAAGGGAAAAGAUGCAUUCCCAGUGGCUGGCCAAAAAUUGAUAUAUGCAGGGAAGAUCCUUGACGAUGAGACGCCAAUUAUAGAGUAUAAAAUAGAUGAGGAAAAAUUUGUAGUAGUUAUGAUCACAAAGCCUAAAUCUAGUCCAUCAGUUCAAGCAGCAGCUACUCAACCAGCAACUCCAUCAACACCACAGCCUGCCUCCACUACUCCCACAGUUCCCCCAGCCUCAAGCCCCACUGCAACUACCGAAACUGUUCCAACCAACACCUCCAAUGAGUUAAAUACAGCAGAGAAACCAACAGAAAAAUCUGAUGAAACUUCAACUUCAACGUCGACUUCACCAUCUGCCUCAACUAUCAGGACCUCUGGUGGAGCUCAGGGAUCUAGCUUGUUCGAUGUAGCUACUUCGGCACUGGUGACUGGUCAGCAAUAUGAAACUAUGGUUACUGAGAUCACGUCAAUGGGAUACAGUCGUGAGCAGGUAGUUGCAGCACUAAAAGCCAGCUUCAACAAUCCUGACAGAGCAGUGGAGUAUUUGCUGAUGGGAAUCCCAGGAGAAAGAGCAAGGAGCUCAGUGAACAAUCCACAGCAGACAACUGGUACAGCUUGUACUGGCUCUGCACAACCUGCGGCUCCAGCCCCCACUUCAAGAGAGAAUCCACUGGAAUUCUUGCGGAAUCAGCCUCAGUUCCAUCAAAUGAGGCAAAUCCUUCAGCAGAAUCCUUCUCUGCUACCUGCCCUACUUCACCAGUUGGGCAGGGAGAACCCACAUCUUCUACAGCAAAUCAGCCAACACCAGGGGAAUUUCAUUCAAAUGUUAAAUGAACCAAUCCAGGACAUUGCAAAUGAAGUAGCGGUCACCAGUGCUGGAGAACAGCAAAUGGAUCACCUUCAAGUAACACCCCAAGAAAAAGAGGCUAUAGAGAGGUUAAAGGCUUUGGGAUUUCCUGAAGGACUUGUGGUUCAAGCCUAUUUUGCCUGUGAGAAGAAUGAAAACUUGGCUGCAAAUUUUCUACUACAACAGAACUUUGAUGAUUGAGAUAAAAUUAGACACUUUUAAUUGUUUAUUCUUUUUUCAUUGAAUGACACUGAUUUUGGAUUUGCAUGUAUUUUCUGUACCUAACAAUGCUGCCUACUUCAGUUCUGCACUGAAAACUGUAAACCAGGGCUCCAUACUUUCUGACCUUUUAAUGCCAACUUAAAGAAGUAGAAUAAUUGGUUGCAUUAAAUUAACUAAAGGCAUAGCUUAUAUUUUUAUGUUUGAUUACUGCCAGCCAAUUCUAUGUUUUUCAAAUGAAAACAUGUAAUUGUUUUAUAAAUUUAAUCAAAGAUUUAUUAUCAGGCAUGUUUCUGAUCUGAUUUAUGAGAAUGUGCAAUGGCAUAUCUAUAGAAUUUUAAACUGUUGUGCCAGAUGGAGAUUUUUUAGUUUAUAAUAGCAAAGAACCUGAAUAUUGUUAACUUCAAUUAAAAAUGUUUGAAUUGAAA